AAGUGCUCGCGCCGCCGCUGUCAGCGGCACCGGAAGUUCCUGGCUGGGCCUGGUGGUAACCUUAGGGGCCUAGCGGCCGCUCCUGUCGCUGCCACCUGAGUGGGCUUUGCGCGUCUUGAGCUUCACCGGGUCAGGCCCGUUAGGCGUCCGGAGCCGCCGGCUUUGCCGAGGAGGACUCUGAGGAGGACCGCGGAGAGCCGCCCGGCCGACAUGUCUCUGGUGGCGGAAGCCUUCGUCUCGCAGAUCGCAGCUACAGAGCCUUGGCCUGAAAAUGCUACCUUAUAUCAGCAACUGAAAGGAGAGCAAAUUUUGCUUUCUGACAAUGCAGCUUCUCUUGCUGUGCAGGCCUUUCUGCAAAUGUGUAAUCUGCCCAUCAAAGUGGUUUGCAGGGCAAAUGCAGAAUAUAUGUCUCCAUCUGGUAAAGUGCCUUUCAUUCAUGUGGGAAAUCAAGUAGUUUCAGAACUUGGUCCAAUAGUCCAAUUCGUUAAAGCAAAGGGCCAUUCUCUUAGUGAUGGUCUGGAUGAAGUUCAGAAAGCAGAGAUGAAAGCUUAUAUGGAGUUAGUCAACAACAUGCUGUUGACUGCAGAGUUGUAUCUUCAGUGGUGUGAUGAAGCUACAGUCGGGGAGAUCACCCAUGCUAGAUAUGGAUCUCCUUACCCUUGGCCUUUGAAUCAUAUUCUGGCCUAUCAGAAACAGUGGGAAAUCAAACGCAAAAUGAAAGCCAUAGGAUGGGGGAACAAGACUCUGGACCAGGUCUUAGAAGAUGUAGACCAAUGCUGUCAAGCUCUUUCUCAAAGACUGGGAACACAGCCAUAUUUCUUCAAUAAGCAGCCUACUGAACUUGAUGCACUAGUGUUUGGCCAUUUGUAUACUAUUCUUACUACCCAGUUGACCAAUGAUGAACUUUCUGAGAAGGUGAAAAACUAUAGUAACCUCCUUGCUUUCUGCAGAAGAAUUGAGCAACACUAUUUUGAAGAGCGUGGUAAAGGCAGGUUGUCUUAGAGUUCUGGGUUAAUUUAGUUAUGAUCCCCUAAAAUCAAAGUUUCAAAAAAUGUGUUACUUGAAUGUUCUAAUGUAUAUUGGUGUCAAAAUUUGAAAACCAAAAACAUUGUGUUUCAAUACCACAAAACAAAUUAUAUAAUAUAUCCUAAACAUGUGCUUUUUACUGUUACAUGUGUAUGCAAUAAGAUAAUUCUGAAUUGUUUUAUUUGAUAAUGUUGUACUGUGUACCUGGAAAUUUUUAUUUCCUUGAAAUGUGUGCAUUUAAAAUAAAGUUUAAGUAACUAUUGAUGUCAUAUUUCCUUCCUUUUGAUUUUUCUGAUAGCUACCUUUUGUAAAUGUGAGAUUAACACUCUUUUCUAAGGCAAGUAAGGUGUGCUACAUAUUGUGAGAUGCUUUGCUUAGACACAUCGCAUACCUGAUGAUGGGAAAAUGUUCUUAACACAUGUAUGCUUAGAAAUGUGGAUGAUUUUAAAAGCUGGCACAGAUUUAACAUUUAAAGCUGUGUACUCUUCAUAUUUAAAUGAAGAAUAUACUUCAUUAGACAGGACUUUUUCUUUCAGAGUUAAUUAUUUAUUUAUUUGAAAGGUAGAAUGACAAAAAGACAGAGAAAUAUAUCUUGUAUCUGCUGUUUCACUCCCCAGAUGAUGCAAUGGCUGGCAGCAGUGUAGUCCUGGAACUCCAUCUGGGUCUCCAUGUGGGUGGCAGGGGUCCAAGCACUUGGAUCAUCCUCUACUGCUUUCCCAGGGACAUUAGUACGGAGCUGUGCUGGAAGCAGAGCACCCAGGAGAUUGAACAGGCAACCCAAUAGGUGAUGCCGUGUUGUGAGUGAUGGCCUAAUACUGCAUCACAAUAUUAACGCCAAAUAGGAGUAUUUAAAUAAUACAUUUUCAUUUCUUUUGUAGGGGAGGUAAGAUUUUUUUUAGAAGUAUUGCCAAAAAUUUACUUGUAAAUACUAAAAAAACUAAACAUAAAUUUUCUAAUAUUUUAUGUCUUAAAAAAAAAUCAAUGAUGCUAUCGAAAUAGGUAUGAAACAUUUCUUAUUUCAUCCUCUCAAUUCUGUAUGCCUUUUAUUGUCUUGUUUUGUAUUGCUUUACUGAACUUCCAAUUCAGUGAUGAAUAGAAGUGGUGGAAAUGGACUGGCUCCCUUGUUCAUGAUUGUAGGCAUAAACAUUCUCUCUUUCACCAGUAGUAAGUUUGUAUCCUUUAUCAGAUUCAGGAAGUUCUUUUUAUUCCUGCUUUGUUGGGAAUUUUUAAGGUCAUGAACAGUUGUAGACUUUAUCAAAGGCUUUUUGUACAUUUGUUGAAAUGACAGCACAUUUAAAAUUUUUCAUUUAUUGAAAUGGUAAGUCACAGUAAUUGAUUUUCAAAUGCUGAAGCAACUUUGGUUUCCUGGGAUGAAACCCCAUUUAAUAAGGAUAUAUUAUCCUUUUGCAUAUUGUUGGAUUCCAUUUGCUGUUUUGUAUGUGUCCAUAGUUUUGAGAGAUGCUGUUCUCCAGUUGUUGCGUAAUGUCUUUGUCCGGUUUUGGUGUCAUGUUAAUAUUGCCCUCCAUAAAUGAGCUGCUUAUUCUCACAUGUGGGAAGAGUUUAGAUCUAGAGUUAUUCUCUCAUUGUUUGGUAGAAUUCAACAGUAUAACAACUGAGACUGUGAAGUUUCUUUAUGGGAACAUUCUAAACUGCAAUUCAGUUUUUUUAUUAGAACUAUUCUGAUUAUCUAUUUUCUCUUAGAUGCUCUUUUGCUUGCACCUUUCAAGGAGUAUGUCCAUUUUCUACAGUUGUUCUACUAGCCCUUUUUUACCUUUAAAUGUCUGUGGUGUCUGUGGUAAUAACCCCUUUUUCCUUUUUUGCAUUUGUAAACUAUUUUUGCUAUGGGCAACAUUUUCAUUUCUCACUGGUUUGUGUCACAAACUUGGUGCCAUUGUUUUUCCUCUGUAGUUUUCAUUUCCUCAGUUCUUCUCAGCUCUUAUUUCCUUCUACCUUCUUUUGAUUUAACUGUUUGUGGAUCUCACCCUUUGUUAAUGUGGAGGCUUAGACUACUUUUGAGAUUUUCUUUUUUGACUAUAUAUAUUUAAAUCUAUUUUUUCUUCUGUGCAUUGUGUGGAGGGAAUUUUGAUAAUGUACUUUUAUUUUGAGUUAUUUAAGUAUUUCAAAAUAUUUUCUGAUUUCCCUAUUGUUUCAUUUUUCAUUCAUGGGAUUUGUAAGUGUGAAGUUUUGAAAUAUUUGAGUUUUUCCAAUAUAAUGUUCUGUUACUGAUCUCUAGUUUUGUUGUGGUUUUAGGCAGCUUGUUCACGGUCAUCAGCUUGGAAGUCA